GAGUGGGAGAGGGAGGAGAAGCUGAAAAUAGUGGGAUGUGAUUUUUGCAGAGAGCAGACUUUUAGAGCUCAGAAUAAAGUACUGAGUGUAAUUUAGAUGGGAGGGUGAAUACUUGUGUGACUCUUUCACUCUCAUUACGCUUUCUUCUUAUUUUCCUCUCACAGGCUGCUGCUGCUCACAAGACAAAACCAGGAGAACAUUUCCUGACCUGGGAAAGAAGAUGAAUUCCUGUUUGAGUUUUCACACCAUCUGCAUGAGCCUCCUCAUCUGGUUUAGCUGGUGUCACGCCGCUCCCAUGUUCUACAAUGCGUCCAUGGACGGCAGUGGUGAUGAAGCACUGCUUGAACUCCUUAUCCCGACCUCCUUCUCAACCCGAGCACCUGUUCAUGUCACCUCUGCUACCGGUGCGCCAAAGCUCAACAACUCCAUCACCACCACCAUGAUCCGCCUAAAGGACUUUGUCUUCAGCCGGGUGGUGAACUUCCUCCAGGGGAACAUGCUCAUCAUCAUCGUCGUGACUUCUCUUCUUAUCGUCAUUGUAUUCAUCAUUUGCUGUGCCUCUGCAAUGAGUCAUAAGCGUAAGUUGGAGACGUACAAGCCGCCUCCUCAACCUCCCAGGAAGUAUGUGGCAGAUAAGCCUGGAGCACGCAAGAAUUCAAGUGAGCAUCAGGAGAGGUCCAUGGCCUCCCCAAAGAAUUUGCGUGUACCAUCGAAGGCUCUAGUGGGAGAGAAGGGGAGAGACGUCAGGUCGUCUCCUCGCCAGGAAGUCAGAAAGGUCAGGGAGACGGAAGAGGCAGAAAAGCGGAGAGAGGAACCCAAGCACAAGGAGCAGUCAAAGAAGAGGGAGGAGGUACACCAGGGUGCCACCUCCAGUCAGCCCGUCUGUACCUGUCACCACAAAAAGGCCAGUCAUUAGAGGACUUUCAAGGUGAAAAAGGCAAAAUGGCUAAAAAAAAAAAAGAUGAAUUAAAAACAGAAUGUGGUGGUUAUUUCAUCACACAUCAAAGUGAAUAAAUUAGAAUGAGCUUUUAAAAACUGCCAACAAAAACAUGAUAGACUA